CUUCCCUGUUAUAAACAAGUUCACAAUAUCAUUUAAUAUUUACACAAUCCCCUCAAAACAGUUAUUCUUACAGCCCACGUAAAUGGACUUGCAACAUCCGAGCAAUCGCACAGAGCUCACUCUGUAUAUUGACAGCAGAAUCCCGCCGAUUAGGACGACAUCCAGCUCCUCUUUCAUUAAGCAUGCCAUUACACACCCGAUGCACAAGCUUGAAUCGAAAAGCGACAUUGUGCGCGCUUUCAACCCCGCUUGGUACAGCACAACCAUGGGCACUGGAAUCGUUGGAAUUCUGAUCCACAACUUUCCUUACCAGUGGUCUCCUCUGCGGUACAUUGGCAUGGCCAUUGCUCUAUUCAACAUUCUACUAUAUGUGGUUAUAUCGGUACUUUUUAUCACCAGAUUGGUCAAAUACCGCGACUUUUACGAUAUACUGAUGAGCCCGCAGUUGAGCAUGUCGUUAGGAUCAAUCCCAAUGGGGUUGAGCACACUCAUCAAUUCCUUGGUUAUUAUGCUUGCACGAUAUGAUCUUCAUUGGCUCCCUACAUUUGUACUGGUUUUGUGGUGUAUUGAUGUGGUGCUAUCCAUAUCUUCGUCUUUGCUAGUUCCAUUUGCGGUUUUCUCGCACCAGAAGCACACAUUAGAAACCAUGAGUUCAACCUUGCUCAUGCCCGUUGUACCCAAUGUUGUGGGUGCAACUACUGGGGCUAUCGUCGCGUCCGCGCACACAGGAAGUGCAGCCACAGUCAUAAUCUUGACUUCGUAUGUCCUCUGGGGAAUGGGAAUGGGCAUUGCCAUGAUGUUAGUGACCGCCUAUCUCAUUCGUCUAACAAUGUUUAAAUUGCCGCCCAAAGAGUCCAUGGCCAGUAUGCUGAUUCCACUGGGCCCACUUGGCCAGUCUUCAUAUGGCAUCCAGCAGCUAGGAGUCCAAGCGCUGCGCGUAUUUCCUUCUGAGUUUCCACAGAUUGAAUAUCUAGGAAAUAUGCUCUACGGUAUUGGCUUUUUUUUUGGAUUGCUUCUUUGGGCCUUAGCGUCUUGGUGGCUUACACUGGGAAUCUACUCGGCUAUAUACACUCGCGUCCGUGGACCAGUACCGUUCAACUUGGGCUGGUGGGCACUCAUCUUUCCUGUUAGCACGUUCGUCUCAAGUAGCAACUCACUGUGGGGAAUCACAAAUUUCACUUUCUUCCGCGCACUGGCAGCGCCUUUAAUAGUCAGUCUGUUUCUAUUGUGGCUCUUUGUAUUGCUCCGCACCAUCUGGUACGCUUGGAGCGGGGAGUUGUUUAAGCCCGACAAUAUUGAUCGCCUGGUGACACUGGAAAAUAAAGGCAACAGCCUAACGCCCAGUACUCGUACUCCUGUCAACUCGAAGGACUCUUCUGAUAUAGUUUGAAGAUAUUCUGUACCUACAAUAACAUAUUUUGCACUUGUAAACUUUAAAGUUAUUUAAAAUAUUAUAUUUUAUAUUAUACACAAUUAAUAGCGCGCACUGUAAUAAAAAUGAAACAAAC